AUGUCGGACUGGGACGAUGAUAUGUACGACGACGAGGAAGAAGAGCUCUCGUUCGAGGAAGACGCUAACGAGAGCGUCGAGGAGACCAAUACGGACGUGGAAAGCCGCUAUUUUUGGGGCAAGGAGCUUCGUCAGGACGAGAAACUGAAGGAGGCUCUGGAGGUGUUCGAGGACAAUAUCCGCCAGAACGAUAGCAACGAGUACACUUUCAAAUCGAUCAAGCAGGCAAUCAAGGUGAGCAUUGAGAUGGGCGAUUUCUCCAAGAUUUCCGGGUACAUUGAUCUGUUUCUCCAGCAAUUGCCCCAGGUGGGAACAUCGUACGCGGAGUCGUCGUUUUCCAAGAUGUUGCACCGGCUCGACCGCCAGAACUUGGGAUUCGACCCAAAGUUCCAGGAGCAGAUCUACAACAAGUUUUCAGAGUAUUUGGGGACCCGAAACUCGGGCAAUGAACGACUGGUAAUUCGAGUCGAUCUGGGCAGAGCUGGACUCUUGUUGAACGAGAAAAAAUACACUGAGGCACGCGAGAUACUACAAAAACUCGAGAAGGUUGUUCUGGGCUCGUCGGAGUCGGUUCGCAGUGCUUUUUUGCUGGAUAUCCUCGCGUCUGAGAUGAUCAUCGCCAAGGAGUUUGUGGAAACGCCCGAGCUGCGCAGACUCACCAAGCUGGCCGACGACUCCGGGUCCGGGAUCCCGCAGUCCAAGAUUGUGGGUACUAUCAAGGAAUGCUGCGGUCUUGUGGCGAUGGCCGACCAGGAGUUCCAAACUGCCAACCUGUGUUUCCAGGAGAGUUUCCGUGCGUUCAACGACUGCGGAGACGAUCGCCGCGUGGACGUGCUGAUGAAGUACAUUGUGAGCAACCUGCUCAGCGAGAGCGAGAUCGACCCGUUCCAGUCGAGCGAUUUCCAAGGGUUCGACGAUAGACCAGAGGUGGUUAAGCUUAUGGAGAUGUACAGAUACGUUCAGGAAACAGAUAUCAGCAAGUACAACUGGUUGAUCAAGAAGGACGAGACGCUCAAGGAUCUGAAGGAGUUCAGCGUGUUGGCGCCAUUUUUCCCGUAUGUGACACAGCUGUUGCAGGAACGGUUUGUGUUGCAGUACUUGCAAUUGUUUAAAAGAGUCAGUUUUAAAAAGCUUCAGGAUAAACUUGAAGUUGGCCCAGACGACGUCGAGAUGUUGCUUCUUAGACUGUACAGCGAGGGCCGCAUCACUGACUUCAAGCUGGACAUGGUGGACAAGACCGUGGAGCGCAUAGACGGCCAGAUCUUGGACCCUGGUCUAACGUCCGAGGACGUGCUGGAGCGGCUCCAGUUGUACCAGAAGGACAAGCUGAGCAUCCCAAUGGACGAUUUUGGCGUAGACUCGCAGGAACGACUACAGGAGAUUCUGUCUCUGCGGUUCCAGGCCGAGGCUGCUCCAAGCUCGCCGUCGUUACGGCCAGAGAUGAACGCAACAACUAUGAUUUCCAAAGAGGUUCUGGAGCCGCUGAUUCCGAUCCGCAAGUCGUACGAGUCGUGCGACGAGUUGUUGAAGGAGCUGGACGAUUAUCUGAAGUACAUGCGGUCUACGCUGCCGUCGAAAGCGGUCUCGAAGCUGUCGCUACUUGAACGGGUCACUGUGGACAACCAGAACCAGGAAGCGGAGGAGAUCAAGCAGCUGGACGUGGCUAGCAGUCGGGAUCACGACCAUCUGAUCCCAGAGGUGCUCCAGUUCACCAUGAUGGAUACGCUGGACAACAACGAUCACAAGGAGUCCGGAGAAACGCCGACAGAGCAGGAACUGGCGGCGGCGCGCGUGGCGAGCGUGCGUGCGCUGGUGUCGGAGAUUGCCAACUAUUAUGAGAACGUGAACAGGAACUUCACGGGCGGCGUUUCGGUGGACUGCAGUUUGGUGGCAGACGGAGAGUGA